CCAACAUUGAAUUCAUUAUUCUUAAUUAUAACUAAUAAUAUUAUAUUAUAUUAUAUUAAUAAAAGAAUGACCCAUAAUUUCAUAAAGAGAAAUUUGCUAGAGUUGGCAUCAUGGCAUGGUAGGUAUUUAUACAAUGUGUAAAGUUACUCGCGUCAAGCACAUUGGGUUUUAAUUAUUUUUACAAAAAAAAAAAUCAAACAAAUUAAAAAACCUAAUAUACAGUGAAACCUCCACUAACAGACACCUCCCAAUAGUGGACACCUGUCAAUAGCGGACGUUUUUUGGGGAACGAGGACAUUUUCACUACUUUUCAAUGGGAGAACCUCCGAAUAGCGGACAUUAUUUUAAUCUUUAUUUGAAAAUAAUACGUAUUCGUAUGUACUCUCGGAAAAAGAACGAUUGACUGUGCUAUUGUGCUGUAAUAUGAUAGGUGAGUUUGAAUGUCCUCUCGUCAUAGGUAAGGCAAAACGACCGCAAACUUUCAAAAAAUUAGAAGUUAAUAAAUUCCCCGUUGACUGGUGUUGGAAUAAAAAGGCCUGUAUAAAGACACAGAUUAUGACAGACUGGCUUAUGAAAUUUGAUAAAAAAAAUGAUAAAAAGUCAAAGAAAAGUACUACUUUUUGUCGACAAUGCAGCUCCUCAUCCCCAUCUUAAACUGCAAAUGUCGAGCUAGUCUUUCUUCUCCCAAAUAUGAUGUAUCACUGCCAACCUCUGGACCAAAGCAUAAUCCAACAAUUUAAAAAGCUCUAUCGUAAGCAACUGUUACAAAAAGCUGUUGCUGAUUUGGAUGCUGGAGACUCUGGUGCUAUAAAUAUUUUGGACGCUGUGUAUUGGGUGGCUUCUGCUCAAGCCCAAGUCAAGCCUGAAACUGUAAAAAAAUGCUUCUUGCGAUGUAGUUUCAGUCACCAAGACGAUGAACAAUUAGGACAAACAAUUGAUACCGGAGAACAAUCUGUAAUAGAUGAAGAACUUUUAGCUCUCAUCACACUGAUUGACAGCAGUGUUGAAGUAGAGACAUAUUUUAAAUUAGACAAACUGGUGUCCACUCACGACACCAAUCUAACAAACAUCGAUGAUCCUGAUGAGUCUGAUGAGCCCAAAAGUGAGGAUGCAGACGAGACUGAAGAAGCAGAAACUUCAAAAUAUCAAGUUAUUAGUUUACAGAAUGCUUUGUCUGCUGUAAAGAACGUAAUUCAUUUUAUUUUAUCAAGAGGUAAAGAACAGUUCUAUUUUUACUUCUGCUGUAACAUAAGCGAAUAA